AGCCUCCACACUCUGUACAGGAGGCGCAGGCUGCGCUGCUGAAGUCACGGCUCCCUCUACAGUUUGUACAGUGGAAAUUUUCCACCCGGCGCAGGAAAACAAUCACACUGACUGUGUUGGAAGUCGAGAGGACACAACGCAGACGAAUCGUGGAGAUUACGCACGCAUGCAGCCUGACUUCAGAGGUGCGCGCCUCCGACGGCAGGUGACGCAUACAAAUCGCCGCAGAUACAGUUGAUCCACAUCUGGAAUAUUCACAAUCUGGGACGCUGCUUUGCUGACGAUCGGAGGGGGGGAAAACGUAAUGUCUAAUUCUUUGAAUACUUGAGGAGCGACGACAACUUUCCCCCGUUCGGACUUCGCCGCGCUCAUCUCGGGAAGAUACAGCGUGAACAACUGGAUUUAACAAUGCGCCCGGACCAGUUUCCCGAGCAGGAUUUGCACAUUUAAGCCACACGGCAGGUUUGGAGUCUCUGCAGCGAGGAGACCGAGCGAUGUGGUCUGCGGAGGCGCGUUGCCUGCCGAGGUGCGUGUCCGUGCAUGUUGCAGCACGGUCGGGCUGCGCACGGAGCCUUUGGGUGGCGGUGAUUGGACCGGACACAGACUGGGGCUGAUUGAGGUUCCUCCUGGAGGAAAUGUUUUGGGGAGGAGAUCGAUAUGAGUCGGCGCAAGCGAGGGGGGAGUCGCCAGUCGUCACCAGCACGAAUGUUACCGUGAGGACGGACGGAGGGAAACACGGGGAAAUAAGUCAACGAGAGAAUCUGAAUCAUUAAGCAGAACAUGGAGAAAUAUCCAUCAGACGUUUAUGUAUUCGUGAGGUAACGUUUUGUUGCCUUUGCAAAGUUACAAAUCCAUAUGGACCGUGUUUGUUCUUGCACUAAAGUUUUUCCGUCUUCUCCACUUUUAUGCAUGGAACUUUGAUAUUACAUCAUAGAGCCUUUUGAAAAACCACAGUUUCUCGCCUGGCAACUUGUGGCUUAUAACAGCAACAUUUUUUGUAAGAAAGGAAACAAUCAGCUUUGGUUUUUGAGACCUCUCACACCUCUGGCAGCAUGGCAGCGAAGCGGGUUUGGCUGCUGCUCUCGUGCUUCGCACUGGGGGCUGCCUUCUCUGGGGUCUUCAACGCCACAGACAGAGACACUUCCACAGAUGACCUGAUGCGGGUCAAGCUCACGCAAGAGCAGAGCAGAGCGGGCCAGCAGUGGAAGCUCCAUUCCGCCGAUUCCCACCCCAACCUGUACUUUAACCAAGCGGAUGUGUUGCACUUGAGGCAAAGGUCCUCCACGACCCACGGCCACAUAUUUAAAGUCAUCCGGGCCGCCGUGCUCACCAUGCUGUCUAAUGCUCCCUUUUAUAUGCCCCCUGUGAAACAUGAGGAGUUUACAAGCAAGUGGAAUGAGAUUUAUGGGAACAACCUGCCUCCCCUGGCUCUCUACUGCCUGCUGUGCCCGGAGGACUCAGCUGCUCUGCAGUUUCUGAUCAAGUUUAUGGACAGGAUGGCCGAAUACCCGGACUGGAAGGUGACCAGCGCCCCCAACGACGAGGUCCCUCUGGCUCACUCUCUCACUGGGUUUGCCACUGCUUACGACUUCAUCUACUCUCACCUGGAUGAGCACCGGCGGGAUGUUUACCUCAAGAAAAUCCGCUCUGAGACAGAAGAGCUGUAUGAACUUUCCAAGUACCGAGGGUGGGGGAAGCAGUAUCUCCAGAAUCACCAAACCACCAACAUAUUAGCCAUCCUGACCGGAGCGAUAGUGGUGGGGGCGCACGACGACCCGGAGUCCAUGAUGUGGAAACAAGUGGCAGUGAACUACAUGGAGAAAACCAUGUUUCUCCUAAAUCACAUCGUCGACGGGUCUCUGGACGAGGGAGUGGCCUACGGCAGCUACACGGCCAAGUCUAUCACACAGUACGUCUUCUUAGCCCAGCGCCACUUCACCAUCGACAACAUGCAGAACAACUGGCUGCGGGGACACUUCUGGUUCUACUACGCCACUCUGCUGCCCGGCUUCCAGAGGACAGUCGGCAUCGCCGACUCCAACUACAACUGGUUCUAUGGGCCGGAGAGCCAGCUCGUUUUCCUCGACACGUUCGUGAUGAGAAAUGGAACAGGCAACUGGCUCGCUCAACAGAUUAGAAAGCACCGACCCAAGGACGGCCCCAUGGGGCAGUCGUCUGCCCAGCGCUGGGCUACACUUCACACGGAGUACAUCUGGUACAGCGCUCAGCUCGCCCCACAGCCGCCGCACGACUUCGGCACGGCCCGGAUGCAUGUUUUCUCCAACUGGGGCGUGGUUACGUACGGAGCCGGGCUGCCCAACAGCCAGGGCAACACUUUUGUCUCCUUCAAGUCCGGCAGGCUGGGCGGCCGGGCCGUGUACGACAUCGUCCACGACAAGCCUUACUCCUGGGUCGAUGGCUGGAACAGUUUUAACCCGGGCCACGAGCACCCAGAUCAGAACUCGUUCACGUUCGCCCCUAAUGGGCAAGUUUUUGUGUCCGAAGCACUUUACGGCCCAAAGUACAGCUAUCUUAACAAUGUUUUGGUGUUCAGCCCGUCUCCUAGCAGUCAGUGUAACAGUCCAUGGGAGGGUCAGCUGGGCGAGUGUGCUAAGUGGCUGCGCUGGACUGAUGAAGGGGUGGGCGACGCUAGAGGGGAGGUGAUUGCCGCCUCCUCGCACACAGACACCAUGUUUGUGAGCGGGGAGGCUGCGUCCGCGUACUCAGCCGCCAUGAGGCUAAAGAGCGUGUUCCGAGCCCUGGUUCUGCUCAACUCGCAGACGCUGCUGGUGCUCGACCACGUGGAGAAGUGGGCCGAUUCGCCCGUGAGGUCCCUUAGUGCGUUCUUCCACAACCUCGACAUCGAUUUUAAAUACGUCCCUUUCAGAUUCAUGGACCGAUACAACGGUGCCAUGAUGGACGUGUGGGAUGCUCACUAUAAAAUGUUCUGGUUCGACAGCCAGGGCCACAGCCCCGACACCAGGAUACAAGAGGCAGAGCAGGCGGCGGAGUUUAAAAAGAGGUGGACUCAGUAUGUUAACGUCACCUUCCCAAUGACAGGCACUGUCAGCAGAGUAGCGUACGUGUUACAUGGACCACAUGUCAAAGUGUCUAACUGUAGGUUUGUUGACAGUAGUAAAAAUGGAGUCAGACUUUCUUUGAUCAUAAAUAACACAGAGAAGAUUGUGUCUGUUGUGACUAACUAUAAAGACAUAGGAGCCAGGUCAGCUUAUUUAGGAUUUGGGGGCCACUGUAAGGUUGAGGAUAAAUAUCAGAUCACACGAUAUGGCCUCGGGGCUCAGCUCAUCCCCAAACAGAUCAGCGCUGAUAAUCAGCUGUUUGACUUUGGAGUCACAGUCAAUGUGAUCGCAGGGGUGGUUCUGUGCGUGGCCAUCGGAUUCAUGACCCUGCAGAGGAAGUUCUACGUGUGCUUCAGCAGGCUGAUGCGCUACGCUCUCCUCUCCGUGCUCCUGCUCUGGAUCGCCGAGCUGCUGUUCGUGUCCAACAGCUGCGAUCAGCUCCUCUGCGGGGUAAAGUGGAAGGGCGCCGGUGCCCAAAGCGAAGCCAACAAACAGAUCAAACUGUACGAGCAGCACCGGCUUCCCCUCCCCACCGUAGUCAUAACAGCCCUGCCCGGGUCGGGCUCGGAGAUACUCAAGCACCUGUUCUACAACAGCUCGGACUUUCUGUACAUACGCGUGCCCACCGAACACGUGGACAUCCCCGAGACGGAGUUCGAGUUUGACUCGCUGGUCGACGCCUGCGAGUGGUCAAAGCUCGACGCCGUGCAGGGCCGCUUUAAGAUAAUUCAGGGCUGGCUGUACUCCCUGGUGCACAGCACCAAGUUGCAUUUGCAGAACAUUCAGCUCAGCGAGGGCGGUAGGGUCAGGCCACUCCAGAGGGCCGGCGGCUCCAGAGACAGGAGUAAAAGGUCGCGGAGGAAGGAGCCGGCCUCUGAGCUGAAGGGUAAACUGAGGGCCAGCCUGGACAGGGAUGCGGAGUACGUCAGGGAGAUGAGACGCCACGUGCUGGAGUAUCCCAACGCCCGCGUGGUGCUCCACAUGCGCAGCGGUAGCUGGGCGCUGAAGCUGCCCUUCGUUCAGGAGGUGAUGGGACCCUCCCUGAGGACAAUCUAUUUGGUGAGAGACCCCCGGGCGUGGAUUUAUCUUAUGCUUUACAACAGCAAGCCCAGCCUUUACUCCCUUAAAAACAUCCCACAGCACCUGUCUUUGAUAUUCAAGGAGGACGCUGUCAGGGACAGCUGCCCGGCUGUGGCGCCGGAGUUUAAAAUAAUCCAGAGACUGCUCUCCCGUUCGGAGAGGAACCCCGUCCUGAUACUGGCCCAUCUGUGGCUGGCUCACACCACGGCGGCGCUGAGGGUCAGCGACGGCCUCCCCGAGGACUCCUGCCUCCGCGUGAGGUUCGAGGACGUGGUGAACUUCCCGCAGGAAACCGCGGAGAGCAUACACGCCUUCGUGGGGGUGCCGAUGGCGCCGGCAGCGCUCAACCAGCUCUUAUUCACCACCUCAACGAACCUGUACAAUCUCAUGUAUGAAGGGAACAUUUCGCCAAGGAACCUGCACACGUGGAGAGAGAAUAUGCCGCGGAAGGACGUGAGGCUCAUAGACGAUAUAUGCGGGGGUGUGAUGAAGCGACUGGGCUACGCCAGGUCUGCCAGUUAGCUUCCUGCUGCUGGUCAGCUGAUGCUGAGCUGCUUUGUUUACUGGCGCCGUCAACCAGUUCUGUAGAGGCUUUUAUUUGCACUGAGCUCAAACUUUGAGGAGGAGGAAAAACUUGAUAGCGACUUUGUCUGUGUUCACUUUUGUUUUCUGGAAACUGUUUCAACUUCAGCAACAGAUGUUCAUGAGGGAGGAAUAUUUUACAUUAAAAUAGAAACUCUAGCCGGGUGAAACUAUCGACCUUUGCUGUCUCACAUACAUAAAACGUAUAAGGUUCAUCCGAGAGCAGGACAGUUUCUCAGUAAGGAUUAUUCACUGUAUGUCUUAGUAAGAGAUAAAAAAGAGUUUUUCCUGUUGCUAAUCUGUGAUGUCAGAUCUUUGUGCACAAUCCAUAUCAUGUUAAUACUGGAAUUAUUUUCAGGGGGAUGAAAAGAUAUUUACCAGUUUGAGACAGAUCCAUUAUGAAGCCUGUUAAUAAUAAGACUCAUUGACAGUCUGUAGCUUUGUGAAGAUUAAUCUGUCAUGAACUGGUUGAGUUCCGCUUCCCUUUAAAAGUGUUAAAGACUCGCUGCUGUGUGGAGGAAGAUGACAGUCGUGCUUUAUUUCCCUGACAGUCUUACACAGCAAAUGAUCCGACUGUAUGAGUUAUUGAAGUCCGAGCUGCAGGACGUCGCCGUGGUUUUGGUGGCGUGCGUCCUCACAGGAGGCGCCUCCACCGUCUUCACCUGUAAACGUGUUUAUUGCUUGAAGAGUUAUCCUGUUUUAUGCAUGUAACCACAGUGAUUUAGUGCCGAGCCCGACCUACAAAGACAAACGGCACCCGAACGGCUCCUGUGUUGGGGGAAGGUGAAGCCGAGCCGAGCCGAGCUGGGCCGAGCCGGGACACGGUGGCACUUUUAUGGGGACUCUUUUGAUUAUAUGUGACAUUCAGCGCAGUAAAGCUAACUUUACUGUAUGUACUCGAUUAACUUGGAAAUAUAAACUGUCUGAAGAUGCAGUACAUAAAGCUUUGAAGAUAAUAUGUCUAGAAAAAAGAAAGUUAGAAGUAUUUAUGGGUUCCAAAGACAAAUAUCCCAAAGGAUCAGAAAUGAAUAUGAUUAUUUUAACUCCCUUUGGCAUUUACCGAAUUAGAUCAGAGGGAAUUGCUUAACAGGGAUCAAACUGGAAAAAAAAACUGUCAGCCUUGAUACAUUUCUAGUCAAAGCAAUUUCCAAAGCAUCCCCCUCGCUUACUCAUAUUCAUCUGCGAAAUGCCAUAACUGAGGCUUUAUUGCUGUGUAUCUUCACUAGAAACGGCGGGAGGAGAAGCAGCACGUCUGGGUCUCCCGUCGUGGUCACUCACUUGUUCGAUGUUGCUUUUUUGGGGGGUCCUUGUUCAGCGGCGAAUGAAUAUUCAUUCUAGACCAUUUCCACUGUGUGAUGUGUUCCCGUUGGCCCGGACGGCACCGCCGAUGCCGCCUCGCUGUCACAUGCACAUGGUGCACGCGAUUAUUAGCUCUCGCCGUUGCAUCUGGAAAUAAGCAUCCUCGCGCCGCUCGAAUCAGGCCUGUUUGUUUUCUUCUCUGUGAACACUGAGAACCCUUGACUGUCUGGAAAGCCCGUUUGAUGUUUGUGAUCUUUGAAUGUGUAGACUUGGCAGACAUGCUUUCACUUUGGUGUUGCAAUCCUGUUACCAACUCUGUUUUGUAUUUGCUCGUGGGGAUACGGUUCCUUGCUUCUGUGGCCUUGAAUUACAAUCAUUUCUUUAUGGUUUUGUAUUUUUUGGGGUUUUCUGUGACUUCUGGAGCAGGAGGUGGAGAUGAUGUAAAGAAAAUAAAAGCGGUUUUGUUCAGAUGCACUAA